AUGCCUCCCAAGAAGGCUACCAAGGCCGCCGCGGCAUCCUCUUCGAUCUACAUCGUUACAGAUUCCACUGGUAUUGAUUCCGUUCACGCCUCUGUCGCGUCCGCCAACAAUCGCGUGAGCGAGGCCAAGGAAGAAGGAAAAUCCUCCGUCAAAGUAGAAGUACAGGAGCUGGUAGGAGGAACCGUCGAAGCUGCACCAGUCGAAGAGAAGAAAGCAGCUCCAAAGUCCAAGGCAAAGGCAGUCAAGACCGAAGAAACAGAUGCGCCAAAAGCCAAUACCGCCGCGAAGAAGACAAAACCUGCUGCUGAGCAACGCGCCGAGAACUCCAAGAAACCAGCGAAACCCGCAGAUUCCAACCUCCCUGAAAACAUCAAGGCGCUGUUGGCAGGCUCGGGAAGCACGCUCGAUGGAAAGAAUGUCGUUGUUACUGGUGUCCCGCCGACCCUUGGUCGUAAAAAUGCAGAGGCUUUGGUCCAGGCGUAUGGUGCGAAGUUGUUGAAGAGCUUGUCGAAGAAGACGGAUUUUGUGGUUGUAGGGAAUGAUGCUGGACCGACAAAGUUGGAAAAGAUCGAGGAGCUGGGUAUUAAGGUUAUUGAUGAGGAUGAACUUGUUGCUAUGCUGGAGGGGUCGGGACUUGGUACGAAGCGCGAGGCUGAGGAUGAUGAGGAGGAGGAGGACGAGGAGGAGGAAGAGGAAGAGGAGAAGCCAACUAAGGCUAAGAAACAAAAAAGAUGA